AGGCCAUCGCUCCCUACUGGACCUAUCCCGAGAAGAUGGAGAAGAAGCUCCACGCCGUCCCUGCCGCCAAAACGGUGAAGUUCAAGUGUCCGUCGAGCGGGACACCCAACCCCACGCUGCGCUGGCUGAAGAACGGCAAGGAGUUCAAACCCGACCACCGCAUCGGGGGGUACAAGGUCCGUUACGCGACCUGGAGCAUCAUCAUGGACUCGGUGGUGCCGUCCGAUAAGGGCAACUACACGUGCAUCGUGGAGAACAAAUACGGGAGCAUCAACCACACCUACCAGCUGGAUGUCGUGGAGCGGUCCCCGCACCGGCCCAUUCUGCAGGCGGGGCUACCUGCCAACAAGACAGUGGCCCUGGGGAGCAACGUGGAGUUUGUGUGCAAGGUCUACAGCGACCCCCAGCCCCACAUCCAGUGGCUGAAGCACAUCGAGGUGAACGGCAGCAAGAUCGGCCCCGACAACCUGCCCUACGUCCAGAUCCUGAAGACGGCUGGCGUUAACACAACAGACAAAGAAAUGGAAGUGCUUCACUUAAGGAAUGUCUCAUUUGAGGAUGCUGGGGAGUAUACAUGUUUGGCGGGUAAUUCUAUUGGGAUCUCCCAUCACUCUGCAUGGUUGACAGUUCUCGAAG